AUGAAUAGAGAGAAUAGUCGUCUACUCUUACUCUUAGCACCGAGUUGUGUAGUAGUUGACACAAUGACACCUUUGCUAAAAAAGAAACUGUUCUCUUUUGUUUGUUUGAUGAGACCAAUGCACGAUGCAAGCUGCAUCAUCCCGAUCUUUUCAAAAACGGCAGCGCACUCUUUGGAUUUUUUGAUGAACGAAAACAUCCAUCAACCAUCAUCAUCAUCAUCAGCAGACAAGAGUUUCUUUCCUUUAAAGAUGGAUAAAAAGAAAGAUAAAUCAAGCAAAUCUGCUUCAUCACCACAUUUAGGCAAUCAUAAUAAUAAUAAUCAAAAUAAUAAUAAUAAUGUAAAUAAUAAUAAUACAACACCAAUACUUUUAGGAUCACAAUCAUCAUUGUUAUCAAUAUCUACAUCACUAUUAACUGCACCAUCACCGUCUAGUACUUCAGCGUCAAAUGGAAACAGUCCUACUAAUCUAUCACCAAAUUUACAUUCACCACCUUCAUCUCCACAUCAUAGUACUCCAACUACACCAACUUCCUCUUCCGUAUCUGUAUCAUCACCAUCAUCAUCAUCGACUAAUAAAUGGAAGAGUUUCUUUAGUCGUGAUAAAGGUAAUAACAACAACAAUAAUAAUAAUAAUAAUAAUAACAAUCAAAAUGAAAGAGAUAAAGUGGUUAUUAGUCACCCAUUCAAUAUUACACAUAUUACUCAUAUUGGAUUCGAUGAAUCUAAUCAAGAAUUAUCGGGAUUACCUGAUACUUGGACAAGUACAUUAAAGAGAUCAGCAAACAAGUUAAUCAAGAAACGUCGUAAUAGUAAUGCAAUUAGAAAUUUAAAUCAAUUGGAUAAUAAUAAUCAUCAUAAUCAAAAGGAACCUCAAUUGAGACAAUUUGCAAUUCUAAAGAAUUCAAUCAAAUCAUCACCAUCAUUGACAAUGACAUCAUCACCAUCACUACUGACUACGCCAUCAAGUGAAAUGCCAUUUAAAUCUUUAGAAGAUGAUAUUAUAUUAUCACCAACUAAUAAUAACAGUAACGGUAAUAAUAAUGGAACAAGACCAAAGAAAAAGGAAAAACAAAGAUUAAAGAGUAGUCCAGUUGGAGAAUUCUCAAAUGGUAAUCAACAUCAUAUUCCAUUAUCAAAACAAUAUUCACGUAAUAGUACUCCAAAUCUAAUUGAACAACAACAACAAUUACAAAAACCAACAAAAAAUAAUGGUAAUGGUGGGUCAUCAUCACCUACAAGAGUUAAAAGUGGAGGUGGUGAUACGAUUGCAAAUAGUAAUUCAAAAUCAACAUUAUCUUUAAUGUCUACCAACAAUAACAACAACAAUGUAAAUAGUAGUAAUAAUAAUAAUAUAGAAUAUUGUUCAUCAGGAGAUGAAGAUGAUGUACAAUCACAACAACAAUAUAAAAGAGAUAAGAAUAUAAUAGGAGGAUUAGUAAUUGGAUCACCAACUUAUUUUAAACGAGAAAUACAUAUAUCUUGGAAUCAUGUAACUGGACAAUUUGAAGGUGUACCAGAUGAAUGGAUAGAGUUGAUGCAAGAAGUAACCACCGAGAAAAAGGAAAAGAAAAGAUUCGAGAUGCGUAAACGACUAUUACGUGAAGAAUCUCUUAAAAACGACAAAGAAGAAAGAAGUAGAAGAGUAACAAGAGACAAACGCGAAAGAAUGAGAUUAGCAAGAGAAGAAAGACGAAAGAGUGUAUUUUUACCACGUUCAAGAAAUGAUAGUUCACCAAUCUCUCUUGCAAUGGCCAAUCAUCAAAAUUUUAACAACAACAAUAGUAAUAAUAAUAAUAAUAAUAAUAAUAAUAAUCUAACUUCACCAACUUCAAUACCAAUUGUAUCAUCUUCACUUUUAAUCUCAAAUAGUUUAUGGCAAAUUUCUGGAACUGAAAUAUUUAAAACUAAAAGGGUUGAAUUAUCAUUACAAUCACUUUGUAGAAAUGAUGUAUUUGUAUUGGAUUGUGGAUCAAAGAUAUAUGUUUGGAUGGGUAGUAUAUCAUCUUUACAGAAACAAGUACGUGGUUGUGCUAUUGCAAACAAGAUUAAAUACGAGAAACAAGUGUUGGUUGAACCAGUGACCAUCGAGAUUAUUGUAGAGGGUGAUAGAUCACAGGCAUACCAAGAAAACAUGUCUUACUUUUUGAUGCAUCUCAACGGAGGUGUGAUUAUGGAGCGUGUGCAGGCAAUUGGUCAUUUGGAACGUGACGGAUGUCAAGAUGACAAGAUAUUGCAAGAAGAAGAGUCUGCAACCACUUGGUUGUACAGAGUCAGUGGAAACGGUAAAAUCAACGCACUUGAAGACAAACCACUCUUGCCAACUAGUCUCAAUAACCAGACUUGCUUUAUUCUCGAUUGUGAGACCGAUAUCUUUGUUUGGAAUGGUAAACAUUCAGAUCCACUCCAACAACGUGCUGCCACCAUCUUUGCCAACGAGUUUAUCAAUAUCUUUUCACAACGUCCGCGAUGGGCAACCGUGCACACGGUGCAUCAAGACGAGGAACCUUGGCAAUUCAAAGAGAGGUUUUUGUACUGGUUGGAAGAAGAGUCAGUGAUUGAUAACACCAAGAGAAACACUACACUCCCUCGAAACUAUCUUCAACAACACCAACACUUGCAACAAAACGAAACAACCAAUAAUGGACUGGUCAUUGUUAGUGGUGGUGACACUACCAUCAAGACUCUAUCAACUUCUUUUUAUCCAUUGGCUCUAGACUCUCAUUUCCUAGUCACCGAUUUAUUCUCUAUUCCUGAUCAUAUUCAUAGUCUAAAAACAAAUGAAAAUGACACAAAUACUCUUACUCAACAGCAAACAGUUGGAAUAGAUAUUUGGGAGAGUAAAGAUGAAAGUUGGGUAAAAGUGACAAAAGAUAAAUACGGACAUUUCCACAGUGACCGUGCAUAUGUAGUACACCAUGUAUUCAAGAAUCCAACUAGCAAUAGGUUUGGAUCAAGAGCUUAUUUUUGGCAAGGGUCAAGUGCUAGUAUUAAAUGGUGGAUUGUAUUCCAAUUUGGCCUCUACAAAGAACUCCAUGAACAUACUCGAACACUUGAAGCUAGUCCUCCUCCCACAGAAUGUCUCACUCAAUCAAAAGAAUCACAAUCAUUUUUAAAUCUUUUUAAUAAUAUUAUUUUUAUUCAUCGAAAGAACAAUAUUAAUAAUAAUAACAACAAUAAUGUUGGUAAUAAUGUGGAAAGACAAUUUCAACAAUCAUUUUCAUCAAUGUCAUUAACAUCUGAAGAUUCAUCAUCAUCAUCUUUUAUGAAAUCACCAAAAUCACCAAAAAUCAAAGAAAGUAAUAGUACUUCAACUACUUCAUUACUUACAUUGUCAAUGUCUGGUGGUAUACCAAAAUCACCAUCUUCAUCCUCUUCAUCUAUUCCUCCUCCUCCUACUCCAACUUCACAGGCUUCACUUAAUUUAUUGUAUCAAUUGACAAUUAGUAAUUGUCAAGGAAAUAUUAGAAUUACACAAUUUGAUAAAUGUGCAAUAUCCUAUCUCAACAGUAGAGAUGUAUUCAUAUUGUACAGUCCAUCGAUUAAAACAACAUUUGUGUGGUAUGGACGUGGGUGUCAUCCAAGACUACGAACCGAUUCAUCGCCAUCCAUUACCAAUAGUCUCUACAAGUACCUACAAACGAUCGGAGUCAUCUCUCAAUCCAUUCAAUACAAUUUAAUUGUAACAUGUGAAGAAGGACAAGAGGUUGCAUCAUUUUGGAAACAAUUUGGAUUUGGUGUUACCAAAGGUGAUAAUAAUCUAAUUGAAUCAUUUCAAAGUCAUAGUAAUCUUGGUAAUAUUAGUAAUCUUACUGGUACAAUUUCUGCUGGUACUGGUAUUAAAUCAAGUCAUUCAAUUUCAUCUUCUAUUGCAAAUUCAUCAUCUGGAUCUGCAUUGAAUCUUAUGCAGUUACAACAAACUGUUCAAGGAUUGUAUUCAAAUAACAGUCAUUUUAGUCAACCUUGGACAUCAAGACAACCAGUUAGAUUCUAUCAUAUCUACUAUCACUCUAAACUUAAAAACUAUGUCAUUGUAAAGAUGGUUCCAUACGGUCAAGGUGAUCUAUGUGAAGAAGAUGCUUUUGUAGUGGACGCAUUCUACAAGGUAUUUGUAUGGGUUGGAUCACAAUGUUCAAGAAGAAAGCGAGAGUGUGCAGAACGUAUUGCUUCAUCUCUUGUUCAAGAAUCAACCGUUGGACAUGCCAAAACUACCCGUGUAGUCGUAUUGACCAGUGCAGACAUUGAAUUAUACAAUUCAAACUUUGCAUCGGACCAUAUCAACAAUUCAGACACUAGAGAGUUUUGUAGUUACUUUGAUGGUUGGAGUGAAUUGGAAAGUCAAGAUUCUUCACUUCACGCAAACGCAAAUAACAACGCUAACGGUGGUGGAUCAAGUAUGAAUUUAUUAGAGUCUCCACAAAGACAUCCACAAUCACUUAUUGGAGCAUCGGCAGAUCAUAGAUUGCUCAGUUCAUUGUUGAUGCAUUCGACAGUCGAUCGUAGCAGACACGAACAAUUCAACUAUGACUCGAGUGACGAAGAGUCGGUCGGAGGAUCAUCCCUAUUCAUGGGUAAUAGUCCUGCAAUGGGACAGUCUACCGUACCGUCACCAUACGGUAGUCCACACACUCUAUCUCAUCACAUGGCACCUCCCGAACGAUGGGAAUUAGAGUUGGACAAUGAAGUUGAAAAGAUAAAGAAACGUGGCCCACUCGGACUCCUCUCACUCAACAAUUCCCAACUAUCAAGACUACGUACUAGUUCUAAAAGUUCAUCUUCUUCUUCUGGUGGUUCACCAUCCUCUUCUUUUAUUAUUCAGCCCAUGAUCCCUGAAAAAGAUAAACAUCAACAACAAGUUGGAUUAUUGGCAUCUGCUAUUAAUGGUGGUGGCAAUGGUAGACACCCAUCAAUCGAUAGAAUGGUAGAAGAUUUGGAGAAAUCAAAGGAUGUACCACCAGGUAACCCUAUUACGACUGUUACUACACCACCACCAUACGUUCCAAGAUUCACAUCACCAUUGGCGAGAAAGGAAGGUAUGAUUACUGCAUCUUCAUCGUGUUCAAGUAUUGCAAGUAGUGGUAGUGAAGAUGCAUCAUCAACCAUGCAUCUUCCACCACCUCCUCCUCCUCCAGUUGUAGUAAUUUCAAACUCUUCCUCACCAACACUAUCAAAGAGACAAAGAGAUACUACUACUACUGGAGACUUCCAAGAUAUAGCUAGAUCCGAUGAUAAUGCAUCGGGUAGUCCAACACCAUUUAUCAAUGCAUUAUCACCAAUCAAAGCACUUGGUCGUAGCUUUGGUGAUGAUGAUGACGAUCUCCUCUAUUCCAACAAAAAGAGUGGUAGUGGUAGUAGUGAUUCACUUAAACGAAACAAAUCAAAUGAUGGAUCACCAAACAUUUCACCAGCAUCCUCUUCACUUUUAUUGUCCUCUGGAUCACCACUCUCUAAAACACUUUCAACCAUCAAUCGAAGACGUGGUAGUAGUGUAAACUCUGCUCACAAGUCACCUACUGCAUCUCCACAAAGAAAGCGUCUCUCUUUUAUCCUAAAGUCAGACUCUCAUCCACCACUUCCAGGUGGUUCGAUCGAUGCAAAGUCACUUCAAGAACUCAAAGAAUGGACUGUUGAAUUGGAGUUGGAAGGUGAAAUGAGUAAAAUCGAAGAGGAACUAUCAAACCUCUCACCUGAAAAGGCAACAGUUGAACAAAAGAAUGCAAUUGAAUCUACAGUUAUUCAACCUUUACCUCAAGUUAUUGAAAUAUUUAAUUUUAAUAGUAACAACAACAGUAGUAACAACAAUAAUAUUGGUAAUGUUUCGAAUAAUAGUGUUAGCAAUAAUAAUGAUGGUGGUAUUCAUAUUAUUAAACAAGAAGAGUUUAUAAGACCAAAACAAGCUGCCAUUGUUUUUAAUACAAAUAAUCCACAAUCCCAAUCACCGUUGGUAUUAAAGAAUCCAGCAACUACAACGACAGUGGCAACAGUCAAUACCGUUGUGAAUCCAAAACCAAUCACUAUUCAUUAUACCAAUAAUAGUUUGGUUAAUACACAACCCAACACCAACACCAACACCAACACUUCGUUCAAGACUAAAGUCAAUGUCACCCCAAUUGUUAUUCCAAUUCAACAACAACAACCUAAAAGGAUUAAUAUUACACCAAAAUCAUCUACUACUACAACAACAUCAUUAAAACCAACAAACAAUAACUACUUGGAAGAAAGUUUUAUGGAAUUACAACGUCAAUUUGUGUCAAAGGAACAACAACAACAAUCACCACAAAAACCAUCAACCAUUUCACCUCCUUCAACACCAACCAAUUCUUCACCUGCUCCUACUCCAAUUGGUAGUAGUACUACGACUGGGUCACCUUCCUCUAGUGUAAAAUCAAUGAUUAAUGCACACACUCAUUUAAUCAAUCAAAAAUCUACAGUUCCACCACCAUCAUCAUCAACUGGUACUACAGGAUCACCAACCAAAUCAUUAAGUUCAUCUGGUGAACGCAAUACAAGACCAACACUAAGAGCAUCAGGUGAACGUAGUAAUAGUAAUACUACACUUUUAUCAUCAUCCAAGAACAAUGAACUCCCUUCACCUAAAGGUCCAACACCUACACAACCAUCUUUUUCACCACGCCUACAUCCUACCAUUGGAUCAUCACCAGAUACUCAAAUCAAUAAUAAUAGUAAUAAUAAUAAUAAUGUACCAAAAACCAACUUUAGAAUUAUACUUAAACCAAAACCAAAUACAAAACCACCUGCAACCAAUAAUACUAACAACAAUCCAGCCAAUAAUGUACCACCACCAACUACAAGUUCCGCAUCAAUUAAAUCGAAUCCAUUUUUGAAACAACAAUCUCAACAACCUUUGUCACCAAGAGGUGGGUUAUCAACAUCCUCUUCAGGGUCAAUAGCCAUUCCAUCAUCGGUAUCAUCAGUAAAAGAUAAGAUUAGUCAAGUCGAAGAAAUAUUUAAACAACAACAAACAACACCACCUCAACAACCAAGAAGCGUAGGUAGAAAUACCAAUCUAUCAAAGUUGUCAGACGGCAAUAAUAAUAAUCUAAGUGGUAGUAGUAGUAGUUCACCCCGACCAGUUUUAAGAUCCACUCAAAGCCAAUCAACUUUUAGUAGGGGUACCACCACCACACCGUCAACGGCACAAAGACCAUCUGUACAAUCAAUUUUCACUAAUAAUAAACCAAAAUAA